GAGCCGCGCUGCCCGCCGCCCCCCCACGCUGCCUCCUCCCGCUGCCAGCUAUGGAUGCUCCCUACGACGGCACCGAGGUAACCGUGGUGAUGGAGGAAGUAGAGGAGGGCUACACCUACGCCUCCCCCGGGCCACCCAAGAAGAAGAAGAAAUACAAAAAUGCCGGAGACCACGGAGAAAAAGCCAAGAAACCCAGAUCCGCGUACCUGCUGUACUAUUACGACAUCUACCUGAAAGUGCAGCAGGAGCUCCCGCACCUCCCGCAGUCCGAGAUCAACAAGAAGAUCAGCGAGAGCUGGAGGCUCCUCAGCGUGGCCGAAAAGAGCUACUAUUUGGAGAAGGCAAAGCUGGAGAAGGAAGGUCUGGAUCCCAAUACUAAACUGUCCGCCCUGACUGCCGUGGUCCCGGACAUCCCCGGUUUCCGGAAGAUCCUGCCCCGCUCCGACUACAUCAUCAUCCCCAAGGCGACCCUUCAGGAGGACUGGAGCCGACAACCGCUGGAACUGCGGGGGCCGCGGGGCCAGGGGGCUCCCAAGGGUCCACUGGCCGCGCCCAACCGGCCCCGGGAGGCGGGCCCCAGUGGCCCGGGCGUCGCGGCGGCGGAGCCGGGCAUCCCCACGGAGGGGCCGGCGGAGGAGGAGGGGGGCUCCUUCUCCCGGGUGGACAGCGUCCGGGAGGUGGCCGCUUCCGAGAUCCUGCCUCGCUACGUCGGGCCCGGGGCCGAGAAGGGGACCGGGGAAGUCCUGCUGGACGAGGCCACUCUGGAGAUAGGGGAGAACCACCCGUACCAGACCAGCCUGGUCAUCGAAGAGACCCUGGUGAGCAGCAGCAGCGCCCCGGACCACCCCAACAGCAGCCUGGCCGUGGCUCAUCCGCAGGGCGGGGACAACGUGUCCGUAGUAGCCGUGGUCCGGGACUCGGAGGAGAGCAGUGCCUCAAUACCUGCCACGCAAUUCAUCGUGUUGCCUCUACCCACCCACUCCGCGGUGGAGAACCCGCCCUCUAUCAAACUGACCACCACCUAUACCCGCCGGGGACACGGGAACUGCACCAACCCAGGCUGCUCCUUCACCUACGUCACCAGGCACAAGCCCCCCAAGUGUCCAACCUGCGGCAACUUUCUGGGAGGGAAAUGGAUCCCAAAGGAAAAAUCAGCCAAAGUCAAAGUGGACUCGGGCCCCGGGGCCUCCCCGAGAACCCCGGUGGCGAAAAGAGGCCAGCAUCCCGGCGUGCCGGAUCAGGGGGCACCCAAAGAAAACUCCUCCAAGCUGACCCUGGAGAACUCGGAAGCGGUCAGCCAGCUCCUGAGUGUCGUUCCUGUGGGAGAGCCGGUCCAGGAAGCGGAGUGGGAGGAGGUGAUCAUCUCUGAGGCCCAUAUCCUCGCCAGCACGCUGACCUCCGGCCGUUGCAAGAGUGCGGCCGGGGUGACCCUGGCAGGCGAGGGCGGUGGGCCUCGCGACGCUGCUCCCCGGCCAGCCGAGAGAGACAGCAAGGGCCCAAAGACAUCACCACUGGCCGAGGGGACCACCUCCCCCAACCCGUCUCCACUUACCACAGCUAAAAGAGCCCCCGGGGCGGACGUUCCUCCUGUCGGGCCCAGAGCCCAGGAGCUGAAGAGCAAAGCACGGGGCAAGCCCUCCCUGUUGGCCGCGGCGAGACCUAUGCGAGCCAUCCUUCCCGCCCCGGCAGGCUUGGGGAGAGACAGUGGCCCAGAAGCUCCCAACUGCAGCCAGGCCUUUCCCCUAAAUGAUAAACCUUCCCCAGUCAGGCCCUCCGGCCUGAAGCCGAGUACCCUGAAGCAGUUGGGUCAGUCUACCCAGCAGGCGCCUGGUAGCACCGACCAAAAGGGCAGCCCUUCCAACAAGGCGUCUCAGGUGAAGGUUGUGGAGGUCAAACCCGACGUAUUCCCUUCGUACAAGUACAGCUGCACCGUCACGCUGGAUCUGGGCUUGGCAACAUCAAGAGGCCGGGGAAAGUGUAAGAAUCCCUCCUGCAGCUACGUUUACACUAACAGGCACAAACCGCGCAUCUGUCCCAGCUGUGGCUACAACCUGGCCAAAGAGCGACCUGAGAAAACAGCCAAGCCCCUCGAAGUGAGCCUGGCUCCCAGCGAUGCCCUGAACACGGCCGAGCCCCUGAGCCAAGCCCAGAAGGAGAUCCAGCACCAGUCCACCCUGCAGCUGCUGCGCAAGGCCCUGCAGAUCCCGGAAAACGAGUCCGAGCUGGCCGAGGUCUUCGCCCUGAUCCACGAACUCAACAGCUCCCGCCUCAUCCUGUCCAACGUGAGUGAGGAGACUGUCACCAUCGAGCAGACCUCUUGGUCGAACUAUUACGAGUCUCCGUCCACGCAGUGCCUCCUCUGUAGCAGCCCAUUAUUCAAAGGGGAACAAAACUCCCUGGCGGGGCCGCAGGAGUGCUGGCUGCUGACGGCCAGCCGGCUGCAGGUGGUCACCGCCCAGGUGAAGAUGUGCCUGAACCCCCGCUGUCUGGCCCUGCACAGCUUCAUGGACAUCUACACAGGUCUGUUCAACGUGGGGAACAAACUGCUGGUGAGCCUUGAUCUGCUGUUUGCCAUCCGGAACCACAUCAAGCUGGGAGAGGACCCCAAGGUGUCCAUCGGCAGCGUCCUGGACUCUGUGCAGGAGCAGACCGAGAAAACCCUGAGCCCCGAGGAGCUUAGCCAGCUCCAGGAGCUGCUGUGCAACGGCUACUGGGCGUUUGAGUGCCUGACGGUCCGGGACUACAACGACAUGAUCUGCGGGGUCUGCGGGGUCGCCCCCAAGGUGGAGAUGGCCCAGAGGAACGAGGCGAACGUGCUGGCGCUGAAGAACGUGGAGUUCACCUGGCCAGAGUUCCUGGCUUCCAGUGAAGUGAACAUGGAGGAUUUCUGGUCCACGAUGGAGACGGAGGUGAUCGAGCAGGUGGCGUUUCCCUCCAGCAUCCCCAUCACCAAAUUUGACGCCUCCGUCAUCGCCCCCUUCUUCCCCCCGCUGAUGAGGGGAGCCGUGGUGGUGAACACCGAGAAGGACAAAAACCUAGAAGUCCAGCCAGUGCCUGGUAAUGGCAGUGCCCUGGUGAGGCUGCUUCAGGAGGGAGCUUGCAAGCUGGAGCAGAUUGGCUCUUAUAGUGAAGAAGAGCUGCAGCACCUGCUGGGCCUGUGUGGCAUCCCCUGGCAGGCAGAGGAUACCAAGGAGCAGCUAUGUUACUCCUUGUUGGCUCUCUAUGAGUCCGUUCAGAAUGGGGCAGGAGCCAAACAGCCCCCAGCCCAUCUCACAGGGGGCAAAAUCUACAAGGUGUGUCCCCACCAGGUGGUGUGUGGGUCCAAGUACCUGGUGCGAGGAGAGAGCGCCCGCGACCACGUGGACCUGCUCGCUUCCUCCCGCCACUGGCCCCCCGUGUACGUGGUGGACCUAGCCACUCCGGUAGCCCUGUGUGCCGACCUCUGCUACCCGGAGCUGACCCUCCAGAUGUGGGGGAAGAACCAGGGCUGCUUCUCCAGCCCCACCGAGCCCCCAAAGUAUGUGUCCUGCCCGGAGCUCCUGGACCGCCACUACACAGUGGACAUGACAGUGGCUGAGCACUCGGUCCUGCACCCCGUCACCAAAACCCCGGCCAGGCGCAUCGUCCACGCCGGGACCGAGCAGCAGGGCGGCCAGAGGGACCCCAGCGCCCGACACCGCUCCCUGGCCCUGUGCCGGGAGCUGGAGCCUUACGCGGCCCUCCUGGCCGGCGACGGCCGGUCCGGGGACGCCCGGCAGCGGCCCGUCACCUUCGACAAUGCCACCCACUACUUCCUCUACAACCGGCUCGUGGACUUCCUCACCAGCCGGGAGAUCGUCAACCGCCAGAUCCAUGAUGUCGUGCAGAGCUGCCAGCCCGGGGAGGUGGUGAUCCGGGACACGCUGUACCGCCUGGGGGUGGCUCAGAUCAAGACGGAGAUGGAAGAGGAAGAGGAGGAGGCGGCGGAGGCGGCGGAAGCACAGGUGGCGGGGGUGGCGGUGGCCACCACCACCGAAUAAGGCGGCUUCCCAGACUUUGGGCCAGAGCGAGGCUCUUGGGGCCUUCUUCUACCCCAAGAUGCCCCGACGUGGGGGGCCUGGCGGGGGUGACUCUCCCCGGGGAGAAGAAGGGGAGGGAUUCGGAUGAGCUCUGACCAUUUGGACCACCCAAAGAGCCGCCGAGCCAAGUGCUUCCAGAGGCCGGGCCCCGUCGCUGCCCACGAGCCUCAGAGGGGCUCGAGCCGUGCGUCGUUCCCACCUGGGAACAGCAGGAAGGGCCACGGGCCACACUGGCCACGGACCGGCACUUGGGUGGACGGAGCCUCUCCGCUCGUUAGGGCGCGAGGACCGAGGCGAAAACGGAGGGUCUCUCCGGGACUCAGAGCCGGACCGUUCCCGGUCCUGCAGGGCAGAGCUCGAGGCUGUAGCCGGUCAUGGGGCCAGCAGAACAGCUUGCGGGGCUCCCGGCGGGGAGAGGGGAGCCAAAUCCUUGUGGAUUUGGGAGGUGACCACCCUCAACUCGGUGUCCUCUAGCUCUCUCCCCAAGCCGGGGGAAGUCACCCAGCUGCCCAGCCUUGGACUUUGACUCCAAGAGGCCCCAAGACUUUCAGAAGCAGGGAAAUGCUUAAAAACACAGCAUUGCUUUGGGCACUUUAUUCUUUAGGGUGCUGAGCCUUGAUAUUGGUCUGAGUCUACUGCCCCCUUCCCCCAUCCCCCCCACUACAAGGACUGAAUGGGGAAGAAGCCCAGUCUUCUUUCCCCACCGCUGCUCGAGCCCCCCUCCGUCCUUGCCAGUGGUCUUCCUCCCGCCCUUCCGUGCCUGGAAGUUGCAACAGCACGGCUCCCCCAGCUCCGAGCCGGCCCCGGGACUCCUGAGGCCAAAGUGAGGCGGACAGGGAGGAGCAGGGAGAGGCCGGAGGCCGCGAUGAAGCGGCAGAGCGACAACCACCAAUCCCUUCUGUGAAGGGGAAGUGGACUGGACCGAGAGGAAAAUGGCUGAACCGGGCCGAGCGCCAGAGGCCACGUAGGGUGGGGGGAUGGGGCUCCGCUGUUGCCGUGAUUAAUUUAUUGAGGCGUCGGCUUUUUUCCCCCAGGACAAUGAAAUUUAAUAAACAAUCUGGUUUUGGCGAAGCAGGGACCAGCCGUCAGGUCACUGAGGGCGAGGCGGACGCCAGCAACCGACGGGGGGCUGGCUGCCGUCUGCCUGUUCGCAGGACUCCUCACACGAUUCCUCGCCGCAUGGAGGGGGCUCGCUCAUGCUGUCAUCCACCUCGCUGCUGGGCAGG